CAGAAAGAAUUUUUUUUUUUUGUGUUUGUCUACAGCUGUAUGUGGAAGUUUUCUAGUAUGUACUAGUAACUAGUGGAAAUAUUCCUCUCUCUCUACCUCUGCCUACCUCAAUGGCAAGAGGAUUGACGUUCACUACUGUAGGACUCACUGUCCUUAUUGUUCUUGUAUUAGUCCAUCCAACUUGCUGUGCUCCUACUGCUAUGGUUAAUCAUACCUGUUCCGCUUCUUUUUGUGGGAAUAUCCACAACACAAGCUUUCCUUUUCGAUUGAAGACCGACCCACAAAACUGCGGGGACCCAAGGUAUGAACUUUCGUCUGAGAACAAUCACACUCUGCUGCUAUCCUUAUUUGGAGGAAAAUACUACGUACAGGAAAUCAGUUACAACAACUACACAAUCCGGAUUGUAGACUCGAGUAUGCACAAGGACCAUUACUUCUCCUUCUCCACCCCGACUUAUUCUUCAUCUCGAUAUUAUCUCAGAUAUGGCGCCUAUCCAUAUGACACUUAUCUGCGAAAGGUGAAUUACCGGAAUCUCGAAAUAUCUCGGAGUUUGGUUUUGAUGAGCUGUGAAAAACCAGUGAAUUCUCCAUUGUAUUUGGACACUUCUACUUGCAAUUAUAAUGACAAAUCUUCUUCUAUAUCUGAUUCCAAGAGGUAUAGAUAUCUUAAAGUUGGUAUAACCAACGCAUCCCAAGUGGAGGAGUCGUGCAAAGUAGAGAAGAUGUUUUGGACAUCGUGGCCAAGAAGUGAUGAUUCAAAUAUUUCCUGUAAAGACGUCCACAAUGAAUUGGUAUAUGGUUUUGAGCUUUCAUGGCUCCAAGGUCUUUGUUUUACUUAUUGCGGAGGAGAUAUCUAUUCUUGCUACCUCGAUGACGCGAACCAUGUUCAAUGCAUCAGUACUGUUAGGAUUGCUUAAACGUAUCCUAUAUCAACUCCUAGGUGAGGUUUCUAUCUUAAAAGCUUGUUUGAAGGGUCAGAUAAAGUGGACAAUAAAAUAG